GCCGGCUGCAUGGAGCCUGAGCUGGAGCACACGCUGCACAGGGUACUGGGGUCCUGGGGCAGCGAGCUGGGGCAGCUGAGGCCAGAGGAUUGAGAGCACACCACCAUGUCGUGUGAAUGCAUGUACCCCAUCCUGGAGCAGCCUUGGGGGACUGGAGCAUCAAGGCCCCAUUCCCCCUUCCAGAGGUGAGCUUCCUAGAGCAAGGAGAUAGCACUUCCUGGCCAUCACCAGCCAUGCCCACCAGCCCAGAAAGGAGCCAUGGGAAAGAGAGGGCCAAGGCCCCAAGAUGGACAAGGCAGGAGGCUGUGGAGGAAAGGGAGCUUCAAGGCCUGGGGGAAGCCUCAGCCACCAGCCCCAGCACAGACGAUCUGGAGCUGGGCCUAAAGCUCCCAGGCACAGGAGCCUGGGGGUGUGAGCUCGGCCUUGUGGAAGAGAAGCCUGCCCCGUGCCCGUGCCCAUCCCCGCAGGCCCUGUUUCCCAGGCUGGGCUGGGAUGACGAGCUGCAGAAGCCAGGGGCCCAGGUCUACAUGCACUUCAUGCAGGAGCACACCUGCUAUGAUGCCAUGGCAACCAGCUCCAAGCUGGUCAUCUUCGACACCACGCUGGAGAUCAAGAAGGCCUUCUUCGCCCUGGUGGCCAAUGGCAUCCGGGCAGCUCCUCUGUGGGACAGCAAGAAGCAGAGCUUUGUGGGGAUGCUGACCAUCACAGACUUCAUCUUGGUGCUGCAUCGCUAUUACAGGUCCCCCCUGGUCCAGAUCUAUGAGAUUGAAGAACAUAAGAUUGAGACCUGGAGGGAGAUCUACCUCCAAGGCUGCUUCAAGCCCCUGGUCUCCAUCUCCCCCAACAACAGCCUGUUCGAAGCCGUCUACAGCCUCAUCAAGAACCGGAUCCACCGCCUGCCAGUCCUGGACCCGGUCUCAGGAGCUGUGCUUCACAUCCUGACCCACAAGCGGCUGCUCAAGUUCCUACACAUCUUUGGUGCCCUGCUGCCCCAGCCCUCCUUCCUCUCCCGCACCAUCCAAGAUUUGGGCAUCGGCACAUUCCGAGACUUGGCCGUGGUGCUGGACACGGCACCCAUCCUGACCGCACUGGACAUCUUUGUGGACCGGCGCGUGUCUGCGCUGCCUGUGAUCAACGAAGCCGGACAGGUCGUGGGCCUCUACUCCCGCUUUGAUGUGAUUCACCUGGCUGCCCAGCAAACCUACAACCACCUAGACAUAAGUGUGGGAGAAGCACUGAAGCAGAGGACAUUGUGUCUGGAAGGGGUCCUUUCCUGCCAGCCCCAUGAGAGCUUGGGGGAAGUCAUCGACCGGAUUGCCCGGGAGCAGGUACACCGGCUGGUGCUAGUGGAUGAGAGCCAACAUCUCCUGGGUGUGGUGUCCCUCUCUGACAUCCUGCAGGCUCUGGUGCUCAGCCCUGCUGGCAUCGAUGCCCUCAGCGCCUGAGAAUAUCUGAGUCCUCACUCCCAGACCACCUUCCACCUGUGGAAGUCAAUGAAGGGAGCCGGGGGACUCAGCCUUCGUCUUCUCCCACCCCCAUUGGCUGGUUUGGUUCUAGUUCAGGCUUCUCCAGCCCUCACUAAUUGUCCUUGCCUUGUCUGUGCUCCCGGAAGCCCUCGGGAAUGCCCAGGGUAUCAUGGGAUGGUGAAAUUAAGGGGAACAGCUGCAUCAAGCCUGGAGAUCUCCGAACCAGAGGCACUGGGAUUACCCCAGCACCUGGGUCGUGACAGGCCCCACUGGGGCAAUGAGCCUGUGGGUUCCGUCAGGGGCUCCGGAUUCCUUGGCUUCUGGACCACCUGCUGUUCAGGCCCCCAGCUCCUGGGAGCCCCAGCUGGUCUUGCCCCACAGGAACUGUCUUAGUGGUUUCCCACAACUCUGCUCCCGCCCUCCUGCUUGCCCAGGAUUGCCGUUCCUGGGCUGCAGGGGAUCAUCAUGGAGCAGCAGUUAUUUGCAGAGCUGCUUGUUGGAAUGAGGUCCUCCCUCCAUUUUUGUCCUUAGCUCUCACCAGUGAACAGGGUUCUCAGUCCCCAACGAUGGCUCUGUAUUUGGAUCACUGAAGAUGAAUGAUUGAGAAAAGAAAAAGAAAAAGAAUAACCCAUGAACUUACAUUUUAUAAGUUUCACUCAGAAAAAUGCUAGUCAUUUGACCUGAACUGUGGCCAAGACCCCCGUGCUUUCUGAAUUCAAAGGCAAGAAAGCAGACCUUUAAUUGA